ACAUAAGAAUAAAAAAAAUAAAAAAAUAAACUAUGAGAGAAAAGCAAGUACUGUUUUACGUGAAAGUAGGUAAUCUUUUUAUUCCCAGAGGCUUGUCUCUUUUUCUUGUUUCCCUCAAAUUAGACAGAACGGCCAGAAUAUUGCUCCUGCCAUCGAAUAAAACUGGCCUAUUUCAUUAUUUUACUUAAACAUCGGUAUUGGGCACUCGCACACGAGAAAACCCUCGCUCGAGGAAAGAUUAGUUCCACUGAAAUUUCCGUUCAUGUAAUUUGCUUGCUUUGAAUCCUACCGUAGUUACUUAAGCAACCAACAGAAAUGUGUUUCUUGACGGUGUGAAGACCUACCCACACCUGACUUCAGGUAGAAGAAAGGCUAUCCAGCUGUGUCCUUAAAUUGCUUAACAAAUGACACUUACAUGUUAUUUCUUUACAUGCUUCCAUUUACCCCCUUAUUAUCCAGCUCAUCCAGAUGUACCCAAUGUUGUUUUAUAGGGAGAUGGUGUUCUUUACCAGAGAAGGUACUGUAUACAUGGGAAGGGGCACAGAUUUGGGGUUUAAUUUUUCUGAAAACAAUCUUUGGCUAAGGGAUUGACAAAUUAUCCAUCUCGUAAGAUAACCGGCACUGGACACGUGAACAUGACCGUGUUCAGCACCACCCUGGCGCGUGCUGGCCUGUCAGGGCCAUUUCCGGGGCCGGCCCCCAUGAGCUUCCUCUCUGCAGUGAUAGAUGAGGAAUGGCAGCGGACCCAGUGCAGCCCCCGAGAGACGUGCGUGGAGGUGGCCAGCGAGCUGGGGAGGAGCACCGACACCUUCUUCAAGCCGCCCUGUGUGAACGUGUUCCGGUGCGGUGGCUGCUGCAAUGAAGAGAGCCUCGUCUGUAUGAACACCAGCACCUCCUACGUUUCCAAGCAGCUCUUUGAGAUAACAGUGCCUUUGACUUCAGUACCUGAAUUAGUGCCUGUUAAAGUUGCCAACCAUACAGGUUGUAAGUGCUUGCCAACGGCUCCCCGCCACUCAUACUCCAUUAUCAGAAGAUCCAUCCAGAUCCCAGAAGAAGAUCAGUAAGUACUUCUUGUAUUC